AUGUUCCUGCUAUCUCGUCUGCCAAAGAGAACAGCGCUGGCUGCCGUCGCACCGCGGCAGCCGAGGCUGUCGUUAUCUCAGCCAGUGAGAUUUAAACGCUACGAGGCUUACGAUGCUCAGCUGGAUCAGGACGCCCUGGCCGAGGCACGGCUGUGGUACAGUUCAUUUGAUGCGUCUCAGCUGCCUAAAGGCAAUACGACGUAUGCAAGAUCCAGCGGUCCUGGCGGCCAGCACGUCAACAAAACCGAAACCAAGGCAAUCACUGUAAUCCCCGUGAAAGAGCUUCUCGCCGUUCUCCCCAAAUAUCUCCAUUCCGCAGUGCGGUCCUCCAAGUACUACACUGCCGGCAAUGACUCUCUCACGUUCUCGGCGCAGGCUCAUCGGUCAAGAUCCGCCAACCUGGACGAGAACAGACGAAAGCUCAUAGACGAGGUCAUGGGCAUCUACCGCCAAAUGACUCCCGCCGAGACCAGCGCUGAGAAAAAGAAGAAGCACCAGGACAUAGAGAAGCGGUUUCAUGAGGCGCGCGUCCAGGACAAGAAAUUCAACAGCGCCAAAAAGCAGUCGCGAAGAGGCCCACCGGAAUAG